AUGGAUUGUUAUUUUGGAACAGUUACUAAUGAUGUGUCUUCCAGAAACCCUUUAUUUCUAAUUCAACUGAGUGUUGAUCCUUUGUCAGCAGUAAAAUACUUUGGUUGGCCAUGUCUUAUUCAAAUGAGCAAUGACGCGGCCCUUACGCAACUAAUGCAUGUACUAAUUGCCGAAAAAAACACACAAAAUGUUCCGAAGAAGCUACUUGUACAUAUUGUGCAUCAUAUAACCUCAAGUGUACUUACGUUAAAUCAGUUAAAAAGAGAGGACCAAAAACGGCCAAUAGAUCAGCUAAUGUUUUUGAAAAUAACUUCGCGAGAGAAAGAAAAAUAA